AUGUCAUGCGAAUACCCUGGACAGAAUCCCGAGAGCUCAGAGAGAGAUGCCUCUAAAGCACUAUGUAUGGCUAGUUCGAGCCAAACGACUAUUGCCCAGUCCCAGGCUCCCGCUACUGUGGCUACAUCUCAGAAUGAUGAUAUUUUGAAUCGAAUACGUAAGCUAGAAGAGACUGUGUAUGAGAGAUCAAAUGCAUCUCGAGAAUUGAACCGGGGAAUCUCUACAACGCUAAGAUCUCCUGCAAACACAACAUCUAUGCCUGCAUUAUUCACUCCUUUCGCAUUGCACCAUCAGUCGACGCCAGAUGACCAACCUGACAGUACCAAAGAACAGGCCGACACGACUGAAGCAAUAAAGCAGCUCCCACCGAUAGGACAGGCAAGGCACAUGUUUGAUCAUUUCGUCAAAACCCUACAGCCGACAUUUGGAAUCCUACAUAUACCCUCCACUCGAUCAAUCAUGGAAAAGACCUACCAAGGCAUGCUCGACGGUGAACAACCCACUUCCACCAAUCUAAUGCUGCUGUUCAGCAUCUUCUCCGGUGCAGCCCUGGUCUGGUCCCCUUAUCUUCUGAGGCAAUUGAACGCCACCCAAGAUGAAGCCAGAGCAGCCUUCAACACUUACAGCCUGUUGGCUACCUCUAUUUUGGAACAUCCACUUGAGCCUGUGCAGCCAUCAACCACAGCCAUAGUGGCCAUUGCUACUCUCGGUCACUUGCUUGCCAAUACCGUUGGAUUCUCUAUAAAGAUUGGUCUCCUGCAAACCCGGUGCUUCUUGAUGGCCCAAGCGCUGCAGAUUCAUCGCUUAGACACUGUACAAGCCCAGGAGGAGCGAAGGGUCAAGGGCCUGAUGAUAUUGGAUAUCGGAUUAAUGGCUGACAGCCGCAGGCUCGCUUCCUUCUUUGGACGGUCACAUGAAGGCACAUACAUCUUCCAACCAAGACAUAUGAAAGUGAACUAUCCAAGCAACAUCGAUGACGAGCUGCUUACGGCCACGGGGAUUCAGCAGGAUCUUCCCUCAUCAGUUCCGACAGCAAUGUCAGGACCUAUCCAGCGAAUCCGGCUGGCAACUCUUUGCCGCGAAGUGGUUGAUGCUGUACCCUCGAUCCUGCUAGAUGACCAAGAACCCGAAUACGAGGUGAUACUUGCACUGGACAAGAAAUUCCAUGAAUGCUUCGAAAAUAUGCCAGACUUCUACCGAAUGAACCCUGAGAGCAUUCAGAGAAGUCAGGACAUCUGCAAAGAGCGACCAUACAUCACAUGGCAGCGAAUCAAUUUUCACUUCAGCAUACAUACACGGCUAUGCCGAUUACAUCGACGCUACCAUCUUGAAGGCGUGACGAAUCCCAAAUAUGCCUAUUCCCACAGAGCAUGCAUUCGCUCAGCCCAGGCCGUAUUAGAGCUAAGACGUGCAAUGGACGACAUCGACCCCGAAGCUGGAGGCUAUCCCGCGCGCUUUUGGCGAGUCAACCAGCACGUCUUUCUCGCAGCGCUUAUCUUAGCAACGGACGUCUCGUUCCACCCCAAUGCACCAGACGCUGAGGCUCGCAAGGCGAAGGUCCUUGCUGCCUACAAGACCUUGGAGAAAUCAAAGCAAGAGUCCGGAUCACUGGUGGAGGGCGUACAAAGAAACAUGCAGACUCUCAUGUCGACGCUUCAGAAACAACAGCCACGACUAUCAACGUCGCAGCCAAGAUAUCUGACAGGGAUAAAGGAGCCAUCCGUGGCGGCUCGCGAAACAGGGCUGAACAAUACGCUGACUGGUGGGCCCGGCGAACUGUCGAUGGCCAAUGAAGGUGAUCAGAGCUUGCAGAUGCAGUCUGGGUGCACUCCAAGUGGAGGCUUGACAGAUGAUAUUGGGGAGGAAGGCUGGCAGCAGCUCUGGUCUGACUUUGUGGCUGUCGCGCCAGAUCUAGACGUCCCACAGUGGAACUCCUUGUUGGACGAUAUCGAUUUUGGCUCAGGCUGGCUGGACGGCUCUGUAUAG